AUGACAUUCCUUCAUCGUACACGCUCUUUUAUCACUACUCCAAAAGAAAACACCAACGGGAUCCACAAACCUCUCCCCCUCCUCCCGGGACCGACCGCCUGCGCAUUCGCAGCGGUCGAAAAUGUCCCCAUUCCCCGCAGGCGCACCACCACCACUCCGACAAAAACCCUCAUGCGCCGGCUUAAAGCCAAAACUCAUCUUCGACGAGCGUCUGUUAUUCCCGGACAGGGGGGUGGGUUGGAUAUCAUCCCGCUUGUCAAGCCAACAACCACAUGGGCUGUGAGAAGCUUUAACCUCCCAGCUGAGGUUAUUGCUGUCAUUGUAUCAUACCUCCCCCGUCAUGUCGUUGCGUCGCUCGCACCGCUGUCUAGGAGUUUCAGUGAUGCAGCUCGAUUAGCACUGUACACCACUCUUGAUCUACAGACUCUUCGCCGACUGCAGCUCGAAAAACUCGUGGCUGCACUCGCGUCUCGUCCUGACCUCACAGAGCUAGUACACCACUUCAUCUGCCGUACCUGGCCUUCCUUCUUCUCUUCCUCCUCCGCUUCCCCACACGCCAGCUGUCUCCGACCUGAGCAAUUUGUCGAAGCAUCAUUACCCAGUUCCUCCACGUACGCCCGUCAAAUCUCAGAGUCGGCCGAACAGCGCCUUUCUCUCCGUCUCUCCAGGAUUCUCAUCCCCCUCAGCAACACCAACGCCUCACUCGUCCUACUUCCCACCACUCCCCAUCAGCCCCUUCUCCUCCCAAACCCUCCUCCCAAGUCUGACGACCCUACACGGUACACCCUCCCUCGUCCAUUUCCUCUCUCCCCCUUCUUCCUCUUCCAUGUGCCCUCAAAGACCGUUACGCAGCGUAUCGCUAACGAUCAACACGACGCUUUAUACGGGGUUGAGGCCUGCUGCGUUGAUGGCUGCGUUGCAGAUGCAGGGAGCGUUAUACAAAACACUUCAAGCGACUUUACCGCGAUACAAAGCUCUACGAGACCUCCACUUACGCUUCGAUUCGUUCGAAACGGAGGACGACGCUUUCACACCUCCUUCUCCGCUCCCUCACCUCCCCUUCCCAUCUCCCCCAAGUUCAUCUCAUUCCCACUCACAUGCACACGCACACGUCGUAACGUUUCCCACUCAUCAAACCACAUCGUCGUCGUUCCCAUUCCCAACAACAACUCAAUACAUAGCUUUCCCUACUUCCUCUUCUCCUUCUCCUCGCUCUCCAACACACUCUCGCACUCAUCCACCUUCCCCAUCCCCGUCUUUGCUGGAACAAGCCCGAAUUAA